AUUAUAAAUGAUUGGUAAGAUGAUUAUGAUCAUUGGAUUGGAGACCCACCUUGAUUUUAGGUAGACAUUGGCAUUUGGGUGUCUUUCUUUUCUGGAAGUGAAAUGUAGAAUAGGUACAUUUCUGCUUGUAGCGAAGGUGACUGUUGAAAUGCCGAAGCAGGCCUCUUAAGAACAGGCCACAUUAAUGUUUCGGAAUGCAGGAUAUACCUCCUGAGGAGCUUCAAACUCCUACGGAAACCUUGGAGCUGCCGGUUGUGGGAAAGGGUCCCAUGCCGUCUGCCCAGAAUGAUGAUUCACAUGGUUCCCCCUUUUUUUCUACUAUGCAUUUGGUCCACGUUCUUGAUGCUGGACAUUCAACAAUUCUGCUGUAUUUACCAAAUAUGACAACGAUGGAGAUGAUGUGUGGGGUGAGGAUGGUUCCUUUUAUAAUGUUUCCGAUGAUGGCUCUGGUAAAACAUCUGAUUUGGACAGGGAGUGGGAGAGGAGGCACAAUCAAUUCCACACAAUUGGUUAUCGAGAUGGCCUCACGGCAGGCAAAGAAGCUUCUGCACAAGAGGGUUUCGUUGUCGGCUUUAAGCAGUCUGUGCUUAUCGGGUACAAAUGGGGCCAUGUUAGAGGUGUCUCCAGAUCAUUUGAAAGAAAAGCUGGUUGGCGAGCUAGAAACGAGAGAGGGGCUCCAGAACUUGUACGAGUCCGUGCACUCCAUUUCGAUGAAAGAUGCACUGCAGUUGUUUCAUGAUGAUAUCUUGGGUAGCGGAUUAGAGCAACCUCUUAAUCACUCAGAGGGAAAUGCUGAUACAGCGACGACGCUGGUUGAUAUUUCUGGAUGCAACCAGCUGGAAAGGUUUUCAAAGGAGCUAGGGUCUCUUCUUCGCAAGUGUCCUUCCAUUGAAGUGCAUGCGGCCGUGGACUGAAAGACGGUUGUAUGUCUUUUUUUCUUUCUAGUUGGAGAUUUUAGUGCUUGUAAAUGUGGUUUUAUGAUUAUUAUUUUCUGUAAUGUCAUCUAUUGUUAGGAUCCAUUCCUCCUGAAAUAUAUGCAGGUUGUCAUCUUAUUCAUAAGCUAAUCUGUCCUCCAAACAAUUGUAGUAACUGAAACAAUGGUUUAUCCACUGACUAGUAUGCAGUUUCUCUACCAA